UUUUGUUUAUAAAAGAUGGGUGGGUUUUAGUUUGGUUCCAUUCCAAGAAUCCAUCUGAAUAACAAAAACAUGGUUGCUUUGGUACCUCAAGAAAAUAUGGUUGCUUUGGUAUCUCGCACUGGCAGGCAUUUGCAGCGAUACAGCAAAGGUCGUCGCCAAGUUGUAGGAUGUAUUCCAUACAGAUAUAAAACUUCCAAGCAGACUCCCUCAAAGCAUGAUGCACCAGAACUAGAAGUUCUUGUCAUUACUUCACAAAAGGGCAAAGGAAAGCUCUUUCCAAAGGGAGGAUGGGAAAUAGAUGAAUCCAAGGAAGGGGCAGCCUCCCGAGAGACGCUAGAGGAAGCAGGAGUAAGAGGACUCAUUGGGGGUGAACUGGGUAAAUGGAGCUUCAAGAGCAAAAGCCAUGAUGCUUACUAUGAAGGUUACAUGUUCCCUUUACUUGUUCAGGAGCAGUUAGAUUUCUGGCCAGAGAAGAAUCUCAGACGAAGGAUUUGGAUGAGUGCUCAAGAAGCAAGAGAAGUUUGCCAGCAUUGGUGGAUGAAAGAAGCCUUGGAUAUAUUAGUAAAUCGUCUAACAUCUCAGCAACAAAAUCAAGACCAAGAAUUAGAUCAUGUUCUUAAAGCUAGGAGGGAAAAUCUGAUGGCAUGUAUGUAGAAAAAAAAAGUAUUUAAGGACUUUUGACAAGAAGGAUUUAGGCAGAGCUUUUGACAAGCAAGAAAAAUUGACACCUGAAAAGAACUGGUUCUUGUUUUGUUGGAAGUCCCAGUUCCAGAGCUUUUGUUACAAUUAAUCAUCUCGGUUGAGGCCAAAUCUGGGCGAGGUUGUUUCUAAUAAUAAGAGGUUCCAUUUUCAUUUUUGGUAAA